UUCUUCACUCUGAAGCAGGUUUAUAGAGAUGGACCAAAAGUCCCCAGCCACACUACUAGAGCUUGCUGCACGAAGUCUACUGAGUAAUGAGCGUGCAGCUAUCCAUGCCCUUGAAGAGCUCCCAAGAGGCAUGUUAGCUCCGUUGUUCACUGCCGCCUUCUUGGGCGGUCAUAAGAACGUACUGAAGGCAAUGGUGAGGAUUUGGCCCUUUCCCUGUCUCCACGUCGGGACAUUGAGUGUACGGGAGUCACAAUAUGACAAUUUCGAAGCUAUGAUUGACGGUCUGCAGAUCCUGCCUGCCCGGGACUCUUCUUCUUGUCAGUCACUGGACCAUAUGCAGAUCUGUUUUCGUUCAUGUGUUCACUCUGAGCACUCUAUCAUGAAAAUAGAAGAAGCCCAGCACAGAGUUAGGUGCCCUGGAAUUGUAAAUUCAGAGCCUGAGCCUCAGUCAUCCAGGGAACCUGUGGAAUUAUUAGUGGACAUUUCCCUAGAUGGUACCUUGAGAACACAGCGAUUUCUUUCUUUACUUCGGAAUAAAGUACAGCAGAGCUUUGGGUCCUUGCACCUCUGCUGCAGAGAUUUGAAAAUCUAUAGAAGGCUUGCCCAUGAACACAUCCUGCAGCUUCUGGAUAUGGAAUGCAUUGAUCACCUGAAAGUGGAUGAGAUUUAUCUGAGUGAACUCACCAGACUUUUGGCUCAGAUGACCCACCUCCACAGCCUUAGUUUGUCUCACAUCCCUUUUACAUCUUAUAUGAGGAGAAGCUUUGGGACUUUUCUUGCCCAUCUUGGGCAGAUGGACACCCUUCAGGAGAUCCGUUUGUCUUUCUGCCACACACAUCCGCUUCACGAACUGCUCAGAUGCCUGCCACCUCAGCUGGAUGCAUUGUAUCUCUCUUUCUGUGGACUUUCUAACAGAGACAUCACUGUCCUGUCCCAGAGCCCUCCAGCCACCCAUCUAAGAUUGCUGAGUCUCUGCAACAACGAGAUAUCCUGGGAACUAUCUGAGGCCUUCCAGACUCUGCUGGCGAGUGUCUCAGGCACGCUGCAGCAUCUAGAGUUAGAUAAUUGUCUGAUAACUGAUUCUACUCUCACUGCUGUCAUUCCGGCCCUGAGCCGCUGUUCCCACCUCCGUGUCUUUAGUUUCGCCUCCAACCCCAUUACAAUGCGUGCGCUCACCAGUCUUCUGCAGCACUUAACAAAGCUGACGGAGCUGAAGCGUGUAAUUUAUCCUGUCCCUGUCCAUUGCUAUGAACGAUUGCAUGAUCCUGGCAGUUUGAACCAACAGAAGCUUUCUGAAGUGCAGGCCCAAUUGACGGCAAUGCUGCAGGUGGCAAAGCGGAAUGACAUGCGCUGGACCACUUCUCCUGAGUGAUUUUCAUCGUACAAGGACUUGAUUUAACAUUGACGUGUGGCCAUUAAAGCACGUAGUGUUCUCACCUGCAGCCCAAGUUUUAGAUACACACAUGUAAAAUUUUAUAGUUCCAGGAAACUGAUGUUCGGAAGAUCCCAUGUGUAACUGACCUCUAUAAAAAUAAAGAACUCUAAAGAAAA